CCCUUGACGAGGCUAGUAGGGUGUUCAAACGGUCCGAUAAGCGCGCGUCAUGGCCAAAGCGGCCUCCCAGGGUGGUCACACUUACCCCCUACUGAGCAGCAGCAGCAGCAGCAGCAGCAGCAGCAGCAGCAACACCAGCAGCAGCAGCAGCAGCAGCAACACCAGAACCAGUAGCAGCGUACUAUUAUUAGUUCACUAAGGUGCCCUCCAUUCCCGCUGAAAGCAAGCAAACGAAAUUCCCCGUGUGCCGAGAUUCCCGUGACGCGUCCGCUAGUGAUCGAUUCAAACUAUUUCCACUACUCUUCCCCCAUGAAAAAAAAACAAAGCUCCCACAAAACGGGGGACUGUGAAAACGUAUGAAGGAAAAAAAAACAACUAGAAAGAAAGAAAAUAGGAAAAAUAAACGGUGAAAAAGAAGUGUUGUUAUUGCCUAAGUAAGCGUUGUUUGUUGUUGCAAAAGGAUAACUAGAUCGCAGCAGGCUGGUGAGACGAGCUGACGACAGUGUUGUACAGUCUGUGUGUGAGUGUGUGUGUACGUGCGUUAUGCACGCAAACCUUGUGGAGCUGUGGUGAAAGUGUCUACCGCAAAAACUACAAUUCACGCGAAAAAACUCUCGAAGUGACGAAAGCAAACCAAAGCAAAAGAAACAAGGCCAUUCCCGUUGUGACAAAGCUGCACGGCUCCCAGCGUUAGUGCUCGCACACUGUCUGUCGUUGCGUGAUAUCGAUCCCGAAACGGCAAACAGGCUGGUGGUCACCGGCCUCCUGCCUUGCCGUAAUCUGUAAUUAUCUCGGCAAAGCGUGUUGAGUGCUGAACCACGCGACAUUUCGCCUGUGACGUCCGCGGGUCCAUGUGUGUGAGUGUGUGUGUAUGUCUCCCGCUAAAGCGUGUGCAUGUGUGAGAGUGUGUGUCUGUGUGCAAGCAAGUUUCCUAUGCGUGCGUGUCCUUCAGGUGCAGUGAACGUGCAAUGAAUCGUGCCAACGGUUGGGACAGCAACCGUUACGACCUCACACGACCCGAAGCACGCCCGUGUUGCAGUGUUCUGUCAGCCGCCAGCAAAACUACUAGCCACCCUUACCCAACACCACACCUUUGUGCGUGUGGCGGUGUGUGAAAGCGCACCGAGUGAAGGGUUGAGCCGUUUAUCGUUCUCCAGUGCGAGUGAGGUUGUGGUUGUUUUCCAUUGCUUUGGAGCGCGAGACUAGAUCCUAGCGGAUUGAUCGAAGAUUCCCAGGCAGACAGUAGAACGAGUGUGUGUGAGAGAGAGAGAAAGAGUGCAUGUGAAGAAGAGUGUACCCUACUGUUGCUCGUUCCGAUCGCAUCGGUGUGCUAUGCACGCAGUCGGCUGCUAGUGUGUGACGUGCGUGAGCGUGCAAGUGUGCUCCAUUAACCCCAGUGCACCCCUUUCAGACAUCCGACCUCUCGUCGCGUUCGAUUUCGGGACUGUCGUGGUGCGGCCUCCCACGGGAAUGGUUGCCGUGCGAAGGUAAAAAACCCUGCCGAGCGAGUGGUAGCGAGUUCCUAUUCUGCAGUAACUCCGGACGGUACGGACACUGCGGCGCAAGAGGGAGAGCAAGCGGACCAUAGGGGACAUUGUCUUCGACCUUUUUGAAUUUCUUUGCGAAGCGUUUCGUGACUGGGACUUUCAAACGGCCCCCGUUGACCUAUACGCACAUAUACACAUUUACACACACGCGGCAGCACACGCGCCCGGCAGAACCUGCUAAAGACCUGUUGAAUAUCGGUAGCUUGUGGCAAUAGAACCAUUGGCAGGAGGUGUUCGUGUCUGGAUCCAUCACCGACACACAAACAUACACACAAACACACACAUACAAAACAUACACACACGGGCUACACGGUGAGCCUGCACGGACAGGUCCCAAAGGUCCCGGAAGUACCACCCGGACGCGACGCGGCACACAAAAAGAAUCAUCCAUCUAGCUCGGCAUCCUCGUGCAGCCUCCAGCCGUCCCCCUCCCCCCUCGCAUUACCCCAAGAACACUGCCCCCUUCCCCAUCGGGUUCGUGCGUGUGUGUCCCCCCAUCGGCUAGUUUGCGUUUGCGAGUGGGCGUGUGUGGCAGCAGCAGUGGUGAAAAAUGAUCCGACCGAUACUACCGAUCCUGGCGUACAUGAGCGUGCUCUCGAGUACGUACUCGCUGCACAUGGCACGCGAUGCCUACAUCAAGCCACCGCCGCCGCCCCCGCCCGCACAGCUGCUCGACGAGCUGGACGACAUGUCGGAGCUGCUGGCCGAGAACGGGGUCGACCUGAUGCGGCCGCUGAUGGGCACGGUACACCAGAAAACACACGCCGGAACUGGCACCGGCGGCGGCGGUGGCGGUGGCGGCAGUGGAAGCAUCAUCAGCAUCGGCAGCAGCAGCAAUGGUGCGGUGGCGCUCGGCACCAUCAACCACGUGGCGAGCAAUGAGCUGCCGGAGCUGAGCCCGCCGCCCGCCCAUCUGCCGGCGGCGAUGCGCCACGGUCCGAUCGGGCCGCUGGUCGGGCAGCCGCCGCGCGGCCUGCAGGAGCUGUUCGGCGUGCAGACCAACUUCGACAUACGCGCAGCGCAGCAGCAGCUGUCCCACGGUGGACCGAACGGGGUGGCCACCUCCUUCGACCUCAACCAGUCCGCCUCCGCCAGUGGUAUGGACGAUCGGGAUGAUGAUAAUCGUGUCGGUGGUGGUGGUGGUGGUGGUGGUGGUGAUGACAUCAACGGAACUGGUGCUGGUGGUGGUGGGGGUGUUGGACAGGGAAACGGUAAUCUGCAGCGAUCGGCAGCUAGCAGCAAGCGUGCGUCACCGACCGGCAGCCGCAACAAGAUGAUGGCCGACUCCGGCCAAGAUGGCGGCGGCGGCAGCAGUAGUGGUCUGCCCUCGAUCCCGCACGGCAUCGCGAACCAGAUGAUGCUGCGCAGUACGCGCGGCCAGCGGCAGUACGAUGUACCGCAGAUCGAAUGUCCACCCGCGAUGGAUGGUAUGGAGCGCUUUGCCUGUCCCACGCCAGAUCGGCAGGGCCGGUACCGAUGUAUAGACGAUCACGUGCUGUGCGACGGUUUCAUCGACUGUCCUGAGGGCGAAGACGAGGACAGACAGGCCUGCAUGUUCUACAAAACGACGAAAGCGCAUCUCGACGUAUUAGCGGACGCCUUAUUGAGAUGGGCUCGUGGCCGUUAAACUGUACAUUUCACAUAGCUCUUGCAAAGUCACGCUGUACUAGUGCUAGAUUGAGAAAGUGUAAAGAGAAAAAGGAAGAGAAAGUGACAGAGACAAGUGUUUAUGCGAGCAAAACAAAAAGCAAACAGACAGGACAGGAAAGGAAGAAAGAUUACAGACGAAACCACAACACAGUUUCAGGCACACGUCGUAACAGAUGCUAUUUUACAUUACGAGAACAGAAGAAGAAAUAAAACAUCCACCAACGAAAUAAAAAAAAAACCCAAAAGGCACAAUGUCCCGGCAAAAGUGACAGUCCAAUAGAGGGGAUGAGAAAAAAAACAUACCGUACUACGAAAAGGAUAGGACAGCAAAUGAGUACGGAGAAAUCGUUAAACAUUCUCUCACAUCCUUACCAAGCAAACAGGCGUUGCGUUGUAAGAGUGGCAAAGAAAAGAAACAAAGUUAAAGUUGUAAAAAUAGGUUUGAAGCAAAUCUGUACAUAAUUGAGAAAAAAGGAAUCGAGAAAACGCAACGCAAUGUCACUGCAACAUGUUCACAACCCAUUGCCGGGCAGCAAGCAAAACACUUCUACAGGCCAGGACGAAACAACUGCACUAAGAUGUGAAGGGAAGUAAAGUAGGGAGGGAAAACAAAAACAAGUCAAAACUCAAAGACAGCAGAAGACAGAGAAAUCUUACUAUAUAUAUAUACAUAGAUCUAUAUACAAAACAUAUAUUUACCUACUAAGAAAUUAGUGUGUAAAAACAAAACAUCGGCACAGAUAAACAGCAUCAUUCCGUACUUCAUAUGAUGAGUGUGAAGCAGGGCAGGAAUGAAUGUGAAAUCUAAUGGCUGAGCGAAUUUAAUUCGAUGUGAAGGCUGUUGACGAACGUUGACUGUGUAUGGCCCGGCCGAUGACGAUGUGGGAGUCGGAUGAGCGAGUGUACAUUGCAAAGGUGGAUUGUUAUACGAAGCGUUUGUGGAGGAAAAGGGUCUGCAGGUGUGCUAAAGCGGUGCGGAAAGUCCAGUAGCACGAGAUACGAAAGCCAAUACAAAGAUAAGCCGUCAAAGCAAAGCAAAAAACAAAACGGAAAGUGUAGGAAAAAGAAACGAAAUGGUUGAAGAGGCAAACCAAUACUAUUAAAUUGAGAAACAAAAACCCUUCAACACACACUGCACACAUUUCACACACACACACACAAACCAGAACACGUUCAAACACUACACUCAAACAUUGAUACAGAUCAUGUAGGUAAAUAGGUGUAUGAAAUGGAUGUACAUUCUUUUCUUCUACACUGUAAAAAUAACAACAAUAACAACAACAACAACAACAAUCAAAACAAACUGUAAACAGCCUCCACCCAGUAUCCAGCAAAUAGUGGAAGCAGAAAGAGCGACUUUUAGUUUAGUGCGUGAGCGCGUUUUGGGUUAAGUGUAUCCCUUGUCAUGUCUAAGUUGUCUAAGCCCAUCGUUUGGUUGCACGAUUCAUUUCCGGUUUUUUUUUAUUUGCAUCCAACGUAAAUCAUAUUGUGGAACAGAGAGCGAGAAAAAAAACAGGCCAUUUCACGUGUAACCCAACAGCUCAACCAAACAACCUUUUGCAAACGUUUUAUCUAAGGGAUACACAGGUCCACC